CACCGCAUUUGUUGUGGCACUGUGAGUCAGCAGAACUCGCCAAGCAGCUCCCACUGAACAGGGCUCUGAGCCCGGUUCACAGAAAGCGUCAUCAUAGAAGCAUCAUCUGCACCUCAGGUCAGGCUUGCAGGCACUUGCCAAAUGCUGGAAGAAGGAAGAUACUUGGUUUUGCGGUGAAAACUCAUGUUUGCUUGGAACCUUUUUUAUGUGAAAGAUGUACUGAACAGCCGUUUUCAGCAGCUCCAGUAAGAAACCCGUCGCUGGCAGGCGCCGAGUGCGAGCGGCAGCUGUGCUGCCCCGCCGCCCCGGGCUGGUCCCCUGCUCGCGGGGCGGCACCAUGCAGACCUUCCUGAAGGGGAAGCGGGUGGGAUACUGGCUGAGCGAGAAGAAGAUCAGGAAACUGAAUUUCCAGGCCUUCGCCGAGCUGUGCCGGAAAAGAGGAGUAGAAGUAGUACAGCUUGACCUCACCAAACCCAUUGAAGAUCAGGGGCCUUUGGAUGUGAUCAUACAUAAACUGACAGAUGUCAUCCUUGAAGCAGACCAGAAUGACAGCCAGUCACUGGAGUUGGUUCACAGGUUCCAGGAGUAUAUUGAUGCUCAUCCAGAAACCAUUAUCCUGGACCCUCUCCCGGCUAUUCGUACACUUCUGGACCGAUCCAAGUCUUACGAGCUAAUUCGGCAAAUAGAGGCAUAUAUGCAAGAUGAGAGGAUCUGUUCACCACCCUUUAUGGAGCUGACAAGUGCCUGUGGAGAAGAUACCUUGCAGCUUAUAGAGAAGAAUGGACUGGCAUUCCCAUUCAUUUGUAAAACCAGAGUGGCCCAUGGAACCAACUCUCAUGAGAUGGCGAUCAUCUUCAACCAGGAGGGCCUGAAAGCUGUUCGCCCCCCCUGUGUCAUUCAGAGCUUCAUCAACCACAACGCCGUGCUGUAUAAAGUCUUCGUGGUCGGGGAGUCCUACACAGUGGUGAAGAGACCAUCUUUAAAGAACUUCUCUGCAGGAAUCUCAGACAGAGAAUCAAUAUUUUUCAACAGCCACAAUGUUUCCAAACCAGAGUCCUCAUCCGUCUUAACAGCACUGGAUAAAAUUGAAGGAGUAUUUGAGCGGCCAAACGACGAUGUCAUCCGGGAAAUCUCUAAGGCACUGCGGCAAGCUCUGGGAGUUUCCCUCUUCGGAAUUGACAUCAUCAUUAACAAUCAGACUGGGCAGCAUGCGGUCAUUGAUAUAAAUGCAUUCCCAGGCUACGAGGGUGUUUCUGAAUUUUUCACAGAUCUCCUGAACCACAUAGCUGCUGUCCUGCAGGGUCAGGUACCUGAGGUGACCCAGCUAAACCGCAGCAAGCUCCUGGCAGAGCAGACCAGUGGGAUCAUGGACGAGCGGAUAUGCUGUGCUAGCACAGGCUGUCUCAGCGUCAUGGGAAAAGACUCCUCCUGGAUUGUGGAAAGCGAGACCAACAGCUCAGUAAAACUGCAACACCAGAGACUAGGCUGCAACUCAGCAGUGUCCCCCAGCUUCCAGCAGCACUGCGUCGCUACGUUGGCAACAAAAGCUUCUUCUCAAUAACUUGCCAAUACCAUGGACUGAGAAAAAGCCACAGGGAUACAAAUUGUGGUCCCAGAGCCAGAUUAGGCUGUAACAAUACAAUUGAGAAAAAAAAAAAGGAAAGAAAAAAAAAAACAAACACAAAACACAACACAAAAAAGCAAAAUUAAAAAACCCUUCCAUUUGAUUUAACCUAAUGUGCUGAUAAAACGGACUGAAAGGGGAAGAGCGAGAAAGUGAUUGAGAUCCAUUUCAUCAGAUUCCAGUUGCAAAUCUGUAGAGAGUUUACACAUACAUGUGUUUUAACACUAGUCCUUUCAUUGUGGGAGGGUUGCUCUUUCAUUUCUAUUGUUCUUUGUAAUCAAUGGUGACCAGCAUUUUAAAAUCGGACCUCAUGGUAUCAAGAAGAUAAUAAUUUUGCAAUGCAGUGUCUGAAUGUAACAGUGCUAGAGAUUUUUGCCUAAAAUAUUCCCUGUUCCUUUUUUUUCCAGGUAGGCUAUUGCAAAAGAAGGCUAAGACAACUUCAGUAUCACUAAACCAAAUCUCUUGAAACAUUGACCAGUCAAGAUGUUGACAGGUAGCUUGCUGUGAAGCCUCUGCACUUUGAGUAGGAUAGAGCAGCCUGCUUGUUCAGGGGCAGAGCUGAGGUGACCACCCCUGUUCCAGCCUUCCUCCAGGCCUCACUGCUUCAGUCAAAAGCAGCUUCUAACCACAUUUGCCAACAGUGACAUGGUUUCAUCCAGAGAGUGCCAGUAUUUAGGCUGAGUGAUUUGAGUAGAUUAAAUAACAUCCUUUUUAUCAUCUGCUAGUACUGACAUCCUGGAGAGUUAAUGGAAGCAGCUGAGCUCUUAGUGGAGAAUUUAUUUUCCCUCCGUUGCGCUUGUGAGGACUCUGGGAGAGCUCUGCAAAAAGGCUGGCAGAGCUGUGCAUUUUACUUGGAGCAGUACACCUGGUCUGCAUAUCCUGAGGGGUAACUCAGUUGCUGCCUUCCACAGAUCCAUGCUGUUGUGCAUUUUUUUUUCUGCAAAUUAAACAGAACUGUGUACCUUCAUAUGAGGUAGAAGUACAGGACAGCUCUAGCUUGGAGACCACAUUAUUUUGUUGCAAGCUGCCAGGUGAGGCCAUAUGGUAAUUUGCAACAGUGCUUUAUACUAUCUGUAAACUAUAGCGUGGCCAAUUUGUUAUCUCUUGAGAUAUGCAGUGAACCAGCGGUGUUCAUCCUCUGUUGCAUCUUCUAGCAUGGCAGCAUCUUCUGCUGUUGAGAAUUCCUGCAACUUUUGCUAAUUCUGAACACUAAAUUGGAAAUAUCCAAGUGCUGAGAAUGGAGACACUAUUUUGGAAGAAGGAGUGGCCUUCUAUUCCCCUUAUAAGCCCUAACAUACAAUAUAGAGGGGGGUGUUAAGAAAAUUUCCUUCGUUAAGCUCUUAGCUUGCAUAUCCAGGAAUUUCUGUCUUUCUAUAGCAGGUGUUCAUAAAGCAUCCGCCAGUGCAGCAUCUAGUACCAGUGUGGUUAGUAUCAUCUGUUAGAUAGCUACUCAAAAGGAUCUAGAGCUUAAAGCCCAGGUAGAUCACGAAGAGAGGAUUAAACUGUAAAAAAAAGGUGUCACCACCCUACCUGAUAGUACCAGUCCUGGACGGGAAAAAGUUUUGAAGAGUGUUGCGUAGCAAUUCUUUUGUGUAAUGCUUUUUCCUUGGGAGAAAUUGGUCUUCUUCCAAAAGGCCAUUCUUCGGGAUUUUCUUAGCCAAGAUUGAUUUUUUUUCGGGAUGAUUUAUACAAUAGAAGAUGAUUCCACCUCUAGAGGGAUUACUACCUUUAAAAUAUUUCUAUGGGAACUGAAAGGACCUUAUGAGUGUGGUAUCAGUCAGAUUCCAGGGUGCACAUAAAUGCAGCCAACUUCCUCAAGUAUUGCAGAUCAGUUCUGAGCUGGGCAUGCUUCACAACCCUUGUAUGCUUUGAGGCUGCUGGAUCCCACGUUGUCUGCAGCUCGCAGGUCUCGGAUGGUUGUGGUGUGAGUGAGUCAGAUGUACAUAGGGAUUUAUAAAAGUAUACAUGACAGACCAAACCUUUCGUAAAGCCAUGACUGAAAUAAAAUUGACAUCUACACUUUGGGGUUUGUUUUUGUUUGUUUAAAAUAAAAAGUGUUUUUAUGUUACAUGUGUAACAAAAGAUACCCUCAGGAAGGAACUUGCCAGUGCAUAUUUUUGUAUGGUACUUUCUUGUAACCAGCUGGUGGAGUGUUUGUAGACUUGCCUAUUGCUCCCUUUAUUACAAUGGCUUGGGCUUUUUUUGGUUUUUUGGUUUUUGUUUCUUUAUUGGGUGGUGGGGAUGGAGCAAUGAUGUUAAAACUGCUUUACUAACUCAAGACCUUUCAAACUAAGUAUGUUUACAUGAACUGAGUGUUGGAUCCAAUGGAAAUGUCUGUAUGCUGUUUCCUAGUUAGAACAUCAGAUAAGAAUUUUAUUUUCCUGGCUGCCUUCUGAAUUUUGGUUGGCCUAUUUUGCACUGCUUUGUUUCUCCAAAAUAAACUACUGAAAUAUAA